CAAAGUACCAGGAGCGGCCAGAGUCGCCUACUUGGGUGGCAGGCAAAUACUUCUCUAAGAUCAGCUUGCACCAGCUUUGGAAUAGGGAGCUCAGAGCAAGGAAAAAAAGGAAAAAAUACACCAGUUCUUAAGAAUGACCAGAAAGAUCUUCACCAACAGCAGGGAGAGGUGGAGACAACAGAAUGUCAACACUGCAUUUGCCAAGCUGAGGAAGCUUAUUCCCACUCACCCUCCAGACAAAAAGCUCAGCAAGAAUGAGACUCUUCGCUUAGCCAUGAGGUACAUCAACUUCCUUGUCAAAGUGCUUGGGGAGCAAGGCCUGCAGCAGCCAGGGAUGAAUCCACGGGGAAGGAUACUAGGGCUGUUCCAGCCAAGUCCAAGUUUGGAAAGCAUGGAAGAACUGACUCUCAUUGAAGACUCUGAGGUCCCUUCUCCUAACACAAGCAGCAACGCCCCAGAGUGCUGGUCAGAGGCAUCAUCUCCAUGAUGAACCACCUAUUGGGGUUCUAGUCCUCCUGGUAGUAAUUUGAUAGUUUUCCUUUAUACAAGUUGUGGGUUGUCUGCCUAUGUACAGUAUUUAUAUGUAUAUAUAUAGCUCUUUUAUCAUGUGUAUUUUGUGUAAUGGUUUAUUUGAAAG